AUGACAGCGAGCGAUUUCGCUGACUUUAUGGAUUCGAUUGGCAUUGAUUUGGAAAAUUUCGCCCAGUACUUCAGGGCCUUCGACGUUAACGGUAGCGGCGUCAUCACUUUGUCUGACUUCGUCCUUGGUCUGGUGGCAUUGGACAAACGAACUCCCAACCAUCGCUUUCGAAUCGACUACAUAUAUCGGUUCUACUGUGAGAACAAAACAUUGAUGACUUCUUUGGAGUGCCAACGGAUGCUUGACGAUAUGAUUUUGAAAGGGAGAAAAAACGAAGCUGACGUCAACCCCAGCCUCAAACAUUUCAACGGCGACUUCACACUCAAAAAGUUCCGGCGACUCGUCGGUUCCUUAACUCUGAGGCACACAUCGUCACUUUUUCGGGCGAACUUGGACGGUCUUCUGAAAUCGAUCAUGCACGACGAGGUUCCUCUCAAGGACGAACCACUAUUGUCUAGUAGUAAUGACGCGGUGAACGAGGCAGGCGGUUCACUCUCUUCUGUGUCCAGUAGCUCGUCGUACGAGUUCGCACACACAAAGUUCAUAUUUUCUGACUGGCGAUUGUUGGUGCCAGAUGUAAAUCUCUCCGACAUGAAGACAGCGUCUGCCCGCUUACAUUCCACCACACCGAGCGAAUGCGCCAUGGAGAUACUUGUUGCGCUGAAGUUCUUCGAAGUUCAAGACAUUUCUGCGAAGAAUUCUAAAAGACCGUAUUCUUGGUCUUCCGUCACAUUGGACAGCCUCGUCGCUGACUUUCUGGUUGUGUGUCGAUCCGUAGGCAAGACUAUGUUGCGCGAAUCGACAUGUCUUAAAUUGAAAAGCCCAGUUUUUGUGUUUGGAAACCUUCGAGGCAAUUUUUCUUUUGCAUCUGAACUGAUAAGUCAUCUAUUUCCACUUGGCGUCAACAUGUCCCCGUACGCAGUUUGCGUCUUUGGCGAAUUUAUCGGUGACACAGAUUGCAAUUUUGAAUUGCUGUUUCUACUGUUUGCCUUGAAGUCGCUGUACCCGCAGAAGGUUUUCUUGCUGAACGGCGUCAGUGACCUGUCGGAUGAGCAUGAUUCGUAUUUGAACAAGUCGAUCGUCGAUGAUAAAGAAAGCGAAUCAUGCGGUACAACCACGUCCACGAAACUGGACUUAUGUUUGGAUGCCGUUUAUAAAGCGUUUGUUGAUGCAGACUUUACGCAUCUGAUUGUUUCCGAUGACCCUACUGAUGACGAAAAGUCAUGUAGCAAGGAAGAAGUUGUCAAUGUCUACGUUUCCGUCGUUGGUGAAUCAACCGAGGCUCAGAUUUGCAGAGUGGCGGACAACGUCGUGAAUUUGAUUCUGUUUUGUUUCACUCCAUAUCCCCAUUGUAAAGAAAUGCUUUAA